AUGCCAAAGAGUGCGAAGAAACGGAAGGAAAAGGCUGCUGAUUUCUCCAAAGCCAAGCUCAAGCUUGGAAAGGGCAAACAGACACCUUCCAAUGUAAUAGACACAUCUUUCAAAGCACGAUCAAUUGCUCUGCCAAAUCAGAGUAUUUCGCGUGAAAAGGACGUGAAUGUGCCAACUACGCGGAAAAACUUAUCAAUUGGCGACCUCGUAACACAUCUGAAGCAUUAUAACCCUGGUAUUCGCAGAGAUGCGCUAUCAAGCAUGCGGGAACUCCUUGAUGCACAUUGGGAGGUAUUGGAGUCAAGUUUACCACCUCUCCUUAAUGCUUGUGUACGACUGAUAGCCGACGAGGAUGCUAGUGUGCGGAAGUCUCUGUACCAGUUUCUCUCGUGGCUUCUACCCCGUAUCCCUCAGGAGAAUUUGAUUGCCCAUGCCUCCGUUCUUUUAUUAUUUACCACCUCUGCACAAACCCACAUUUUCCCUGAGAUUCGACUAGAUGCUGUUCGCAUCGUGGACCUUUUGCUGGAAAACAUUCCCGAAAUCGUCGUCCAAGGCUGGGACGAAGGUAAAGCGGGACACGGGGCUCGUAUACUUGAAGGUUAUCUCGGGGCUCUCAAUGCUGGGACAGCCUUCAACGAAAAUCAUGGCAAGAUCCAAGCGACUUCCACGGCAAGCGUCAUACUCACACCUUCAUCGAAACUCAUCCUGUUGCAAUCUCUCUCCUCUUUCCUUCUCCAUGCGCUCUCCUCCGGGGCUUCUACUUCGCAUGACGACCCCUACACUGCGCCUUUUGAUUCGUGGUACAUCCGUCCGUCAUUCAUUUCACAGGAUGCUCACACCUCUUUCGACGACCUCCUUCGACCUACUCAUUCUCAGCCAAGUAAGGCCAAGAAGCGCCGAUGGAGAGCCGAAGCAAACCACGGCGACGGCGACAUUUUUGUUUCGUAUUGCCCCUUCGCUGACAUUUUGUCACCGGAUAUCUCUAUUCAAACCUUGUCAGAAAGUGUUUCUUCGGCUGUGGUUGAUGAGACGGAUGUAAAAGCACCGCUUGUAAUGCAUAUAGCUCGGGCACUACGGGGGACUUUGAUAUCAACGUUUCUAGACUUCGCUCCGUCCGCAUUCAGUCCAAACGGCAAAGCCUCGGAAACCGACAUGAAACUCGUUUUGGCUGUAGCAAACAUUGCAAGAAGUUUGUAUUCGUCCAUCGCCCAGAGAGAUACAACGUCUAUGCCAAAAGACGCCCAGGCUGCCCGAGACGACCUGAAGACGCUCAUAAACUACAUGUCGUCUUACUUCCCGUUCAGUAGCUCUGGAAGCCGCGACAUCAAGAUCGACGAAGCCUUGCUAGAGAUGAACCUCGUUUACUGUCAACUGACGUCUCUCCUGGUUCUUACCUCCAAAACACCUCAGCCAUCGGCCCGAGGGAAACAAGGGCACCCAGAUAAUGCGUCCGCCGUUCACGCAGAAGCUGUGAGCGAGUACGUGAUCAGCCUGCUCAACGGAGAGCCUGUGAAUGGAACCCAACUCGGCCGAGCAUUAACCCCCGACGCAUACGUUGCCCUCCUUCCAACAAUUUGGUCCUUCGUUAGCAGCACUGCUGGCCCUAACGACUCAUUCUCCGCCGGCAUCCUUGCCGCGGUUCUCAGCCAUGCUACGCGGGCCUCGUCCAAGUCCGCCAUCAAGAAACUCACGAUAGAGUUUGUCGGCCGUCUUGCAUUGUUGGACACAGAACGCAGCUAUACGGGUUCCUUUCGCCUUGCCCGUUUCGCCGGCCAGCGUGGCGCGCUCGAAGAAUGGAUUAACCAUCUCCCCAAGGUCCUAUGGGAACUCGGGGCCACGAGCCUCGUCACCAGUGAAAUCAUCAUUCGCUGUCUCAUCCGCUUGAUUCAGCGCCGGUCAGGGAUAAUACAUGAUUCCACAAUAUCCACGCUAAGGUCCAGACUGGCGCCUUACUUUUGCGUAGAGCACCCAACGCGUGGCCGCAUUAUGGGCCCGUUCAAAAAACUACCAAUCGAAUCAGGUUUACAGAAUCUCUCCCUGGAUUUGGUAGCAAUACUUCAGGUGUACAACGGGGCCGCCCCUUCAGACGGCGCUCUCGAGGAGGCCGUUGACCUCGCCGUCGCCGGUACUGAUAUGCAGUCAUAUUGGUGUUCGGUACGACAAUGA